CUGGCUGUACGUGCUGCGCUACUCUCGAGCGCGGCAGCCUGGUCCACAGUGAAUGUCGGAAACCGGCUUCGUGAGCCGUACGGAAUAAAUGUCACAUUGAAAAUGGUCGAGGGCGACAUACAUUAAGAAGUAGUCUGUUGAACUGACCGCUGUUCUGCUUUUGAAACUCUCUCUCUCUCUCUCGUCGCGUUCCCUCCGGAGGUUAUAUGACCUGGAUCAUCAGGGCGCCAGACAGAAGGAGAACUGGACAUGUGGAAGACAUUCGUCCCCGCGCGCAAGCUGCUGCGUAGCGGGAAGUACCUGUUGCUCGCGCUUCUGUUUUGCUGCGCGCUCGGGGUUUACCUACAGUUCACCGCCACCAACGACAUGGACACAAUCCAACCCAGUGGCUACAUUGACAAACGUAGGAUAAGAGCAAGAAGGGAGCCUCUUAGAGUGUGGCAUGUGGAUGCGGAGUCAGAGGAAUCCUGGAAAACAUGCACACCUCCACCAUGGAGUCCAGAGUAUCAGGGCCAGGCCAACCUGCACAUCUUUGAGGACUGGUGUGGAAGCUCCAUUCAGCAGCUCAGAAAAAACCUCCACUACCCACUCUAUCCUCAUUCCCGCUCCACCAUAAGCAAGCUGGCCAUUGCUCCCAGGUGGACAAACUACGGCUUGCGGAUCUUUGGCUACCUCCACCCAUACACAGAUGGUGAGUUUGUGUUUGCUGUAGGUUCUGAUGAUAAUUGUGAAUUCUGGCUGAGUUCCGAUGAGUCUCCAAACAAUAUCCAACUACUAGCCGCAGUCGGGAAGACAGGCAAAGAGUGGUCAGCCCCAGGGGAAUUUGGAAAAUAUGCCAGUCAAAUGUCAGGACCAGUUCCACUUUUGAUGAAACAGAGGUACUUCUUUGAGCUCAUCCACAAGCAGGAUGACAAGGGGACAGAUCAUGUGGAAGUUGCGUGGCGACUGAAUAAGGCUGACUUGGAGUUUGCAGUUGUUGACUCCCAACACAUCUCCCUCUACACCAAUGAAUCAUCUCUGAAGAUGAGCGAUGUGGCUCACAUUCCUCAGACCAUGGCCAGUCAUAUGACCCCGCCCUCCAAGAGACCUCAGGCCACGCCUCACGGAGCGGACAUGCUGCAAGAGGAUCCCAGAGACACAUUCCACCAACUUCCUCUGAUAAAUCCUUUAGACCUGAAGAACAUCCUCCCGGACUGUUCCUACAAUCCAAGUUACACCAUUAAAGAUUUCCCUCUCUCCCGCUAUCAAGGCCUGCAGUUUGUUCAUCUCUCUUAUGUCUACCCCAAUGAUUACACACGACUCACACACAUGGAGGAAGAAAACAAAUGCUUCUAUAAAUCAGUGUAUCAUCCCAGACUGGGCUUUGCGUGGAACAUGAAUCUGGACGGUGUGGAUCGUGACGAUGACCUCAAAUACUCAGAUCUGGAUUGGAAGGAGUGGAAGGAGUUGCACGACAAAGAGAUAGACAAAGAGAUUGACGGAAAUGAGAUCCCUGAUUAUGGAGAUGAUUACGAUGACUAUGCCCACCAUCGCCAGCGUAAACUCUUCAGUCUUAACAGGAAGAACGUUCCACCUUUAGAACACCGGGGCCCAGUAGACCAGCCAGAGAACCUGUCCAAAAAGAGAUCAUCCAGACAUCGAGGGAAUCCAGCAGGCCAGCCAAAGGACCCACCGAAAGAUCCAAAGAACUUCCCCAAAGAGAGGCAGAGUCUGGACGGAGAGGGGAAUAACCAACUCAGGGAACCACAGAACUCAAUUGAGAACCAACCAAGGAAUGAGCAUCCACUACCAGAGCAGGAACCAGUUAAAGUUGAGAAGCGGAGGUAUGGGCAGAGACAGAAUCAAAGGGAGGGGGUUAAAAUUGCUCAGAGACUGGCUGAAGAAGGACCUCACCAUGACACCUUAAUGGGACAACAGCAUGAGCCUGAGGUAAAACUGGAGGAGGAGCCGCAGCCAGUCAGAGGCAAGAGGGAAAGUGUGCACCAUCGGAAAAGAAGGAGUAGAGCAAAGGGAGCUGCAGGGAGGGAGAACCGAAGGGAGGAACAUCUCGGAGGAGGUGGAGGAAAGCGAGAAGGACAGCAGGACAUUCCUAACAUAGCCCGGCAGCCAUCACAGAACUCUCACAAGGAGGAGGAGAUGCCUGAGAAAGUAGCCCCACUGAAUCCACCCAAAGACCCUCAUCUUCCAAUCAGAGGAGCACAGGAUCCACCCAAAGAGGCUCAUCAUCCAAUCAGAAGAGAUCGGAAUCCACCCACAGAGGCUCAUCUUCCAAUCAGAGGAGAGCAGGAUCCACCCAAAGAGGCUCAUCAUCCAAUCAGAAGAGAUCGGAAUCCACCCACAGAGGCUCAUCUUCCAAUCAGAGGAGCGCAGGAUCCACCCAAAGAGGCUCAUCAUCCAAUCAGAAGAGAUCGGAAUCCACCCAAAGAGGCUCAUCUUCCAAUCAGAGGAGAGCAGGAUCCACCCAAAGAGGCUCAUCAUCCAAUCAGAAGAGAUCGGAAUCCACCCAAAGAGGCUCAUCUUCCAGUAAGAGGACCCCAGGAUCCACCCAAAGAGGCUCAUCAUCCAAUCAGAAGAGAUCGGAAUCCACCCAAAGAGGUUCAUCUUCCAAUCAGAGGAGAGCAGGAUCCACCCAAAGAGGCUCAUCAUCCAAACAGAAGAGAUCGGAAUCCACCCAAAGAGGCUCAUCUUCCAGUAAGAGGACCCCAGGAUCCACUCAAUCAGAACUUACACCCAGAUGUGCUUGACCCACCCAAAGACAAGAAGCCAAUUGUGGAGCCCCACCCACCAGAACAUCUGGACCCUAUCAGAGCGAAGGGGCAGAGACCGAGGAGGUGGAAGGAGUCUCCUGUGAAAGAGGAAGAGGAAGAGGACUCCAACAGAGCAGCACCAAAAAGAGACAGGAAGGACUGGCAGGACAAACCGGACCGAAAUCAAAAAAAGCUUUAUGUUGACACAGCGCUCAAAAAAGACAAGUUGUCAAUUAUUGAUGGAGAAAUAGCUAAUGGCAUUGAUAAACACAGCAAGCAGACCCAGUUCCAGGUAGCCCCUCCCCAACCAGAAGCUGGCAACAGUGUUCAUGGCAAGAAGGAAGAGGCAGAGCCAGAGGAGGGCAAUGCACCUGACGGAAAUGGAACCAAUGAGGGGUAUGGCUACAAAGAUGAGUGGAAGGAGGAGGACUGGGAUGAGUGGGAAGACCAGGUGCUCUAUGACCCGGAAGUGAACUGGGCACAGACAUUCCAGAUGACGCCUAUGGAUCUGCACAAGAUACGCACUGACUGGAUAGACCUGAACUGCAAUGUGUCGGGAAACCUGCUUCUCAGCCAAUCAGACGCACUGCAUGUCGUUCAGGCCUUUAUGGCGAAACUCAACGUGAAAACCCAGAAGCAGUACACUCUUGUGCAGGUGGUGAAUGUUGAGAAGCGUGUGGAUGACAUGUACGGCAGCCGGUACCUGCUGGAACUGGAGCUCUUGGAUGCCAAGGGGCAUCAGGUGCGAGUGUCACAAUAUGUCUACCUUCUCCCUGGUCGCCAAGGAUACGUGCGCGGUAGCCGAGAAUUGCUAUGCAACCCAGUCGGCUUCCAGUGGAACCCCAGAGCCACCGUCCAUUUUAUUGUUCCAGUGAAGAACCAGGCUCGCUGGGUGCAGCAGUUCAUAUCUGACAUGGAGGAUUUGUACCAGGCCACAGGGGACCAGAACUUCAACAUCAUCAUCGUUGACUAUGAGAGCACAGAUAUGGACAUCCAGCAGAGCCUCCAAAAUGCCAGCCUACCAAGCUAUCAGUAUGUCCGGCUGACUGGAAACUUUGAGCGAGCUGCCGGACUACAGACUGGAAUAGACCUCAUCAAAGACGAGCACAGUAUUGUAUUUCUGUGUGAUCUGCAUAUCCAUUUCCCCAUGGGCUUCAUAGACAGCUUGAGGAAACACUGUGUGGAGGGCAAGAUGGCCUACGCUCCCGUGGUCAUGAGACUCAACUGUGGAGCUACACCUCAGGAACCAGAUGGGUUCUGGGAGGUGAAUGGUUUUGGCUUGCUGGGUAUCUAUAAGUCUGAUCUGAUGGCUGCUGGAGGAAUGAACACUCAGGAGUUCACCAACCGCUGGGGAGGAGAGGACUGGGAGUUGCUAGACAGGAUCCUGCAGUCGGGCCUUGAGGUGGAGCGUCUCUACCUGAGGAACUUCCUGCACCACUACCACUCCAAACGCGGCAUGUGGAACCGACAGAUGCUCAACAAGCCCACGUAACCAUGGCUACCCGCACGCCAACAGUCAAUGGGGCACUUUAAAUACUCUACCAGCCGCAGGCAUUCCAGCAUUGAGCUUGGUUGACCUUCUGUGUCAGGCAUAUACAGUCUCAGGAGCAUGAAAGGGUGGGAUGAAGGGCUACAUUUUUCUUGAUUGGAUUGGAUUGAUUAGUAAGUCUGUUGAUAUUGCAACACUAUGGACACCACAAGACAACAAAACCUUCUUUUUUUGGCAAGGAUAUCCACUGAGGGGAGAACUGUGAAGAAUGUGUGUUUAUAUAGUCAGUCUGGUCUGUAGGUUGGUGGAGCGUUUGUUUAUUUAUUUAAUAUUCUUUUUUACAUUGUUUUUAUGUGACAUGUCUUUGAAUGGAUGGAUUAUCCUCUGGAUUUAAUAUGCGCACCUUCGUACACACCCUUGCCUGGCAUUUUGGAGCUUUUGUCUGUGUGUUGCUACAUACAUGAGUGUUGCACAAGGAUCUCAUGUCUCUCUGCGUGAGGCAGAAGACAAAUUGAAGUGCUAUUCCUGCCAAAGACUGAAGCCAUUGUGAGAAGAUUAGCUUUUAUUAUGGAUAAUGAUGUGCCUUUCAGCACUAGUGAAGAAGCUGCUAACCAAGAUAAACAGCUUUCUCUACACGAAACUAAGGUGAUAUAAUGAUGUCAUUUAACUUCUGGGGAAGUUGCGCCUCUGUAUGUACUCUCUCUUCAGUGUUUUAUGAUGAUAUUAUUAUUUGUAAUCGGCUUAAGUGAGGUGUGUUAGUUGAGCGAUCACACACAAUGAAUAACCAGAGUUGAUAGUAUACAGCUGGUACUGUACUAACUGGAGUGUUUAUUGCUUGAGCAGGCCUACAUACUGUAUGAGGAGAUGUUGAAUUUUCAGACACGGAAAAGAGAAAAGACAAACUCUUCUGAACGAUGAGCCGGAGCUUUGUGUGAAGUCGCCCAAGGCUGUCUGCAGUUGCUGAAGUGACGAGUAGUCCUAGAGUCGUCUUAUGUCUCAGGUCCCAUUGUAAAGGUACUGCAGCCUGCGGCCUAAAGCAAGUGCCCUCUGUAGGCCAGACCUGCCUAUUACACCUAUUGCUUACUGUAAUUACUCCCGAGGCCAAAAUGCUCUGUGCCUCUUAUUUUGGUUUUCUCUACCUUAGUCAGUUUUAGGGCUGUCACUCUCUCUCUCUCUCUUUCUCUCUCUCUCUCUUUCUCUCUUUCUCUCUCUCUCUCAUGCUCUAAUAUAGCAUGACCCCUCCAGACUUUUUGGAAGGUUAGGAAGAGGUUUCCUCUUUGUCCCUGCUCCCUGAGGAGAUGAAGGAGCAGGAAAAGGUGAUUUCCUCACCAAUCAGCACGGGACAGAUUUAGGAUGUCCUCGCACACUCUGUUCAGGUCGCAUUGCGCGACCACAGGAGAAACAUGCUCAAUGAGCUGGUGUAUGUCUUACAAUGAAAUAACCAAAAAUGUUGAUAAUCCCUAUGGUACAGUAGAUAUAUGCGGUGGAGAUUGCUCAGGUUUGGCUGGUCAGUAUGUAUGGUAUGUAUGAAAAAGUCAAUGCAGUCAUUUGUAUGAAGCUGUUAUUUCUGGUAUGUUCCAUUUCCUCCAUAUAAUGUGUGAAGCUAUGCAGUUACACAUUCCAGUCCUUUGCACUAUACUGAUAGCCUUGUUGUCUCAGGGGUGCCUUAAAGGUCAGACUUAUUAGUCUGGAAAUAAAAGUCAAAGGCCUGUUAUACUGUGAGAUUAAAGGCUGAAACUGAGUCUUUUUUAAUAAGGCUCAAUACAGGCACAUAUGCAGUCCCUUAAGUCUCACAUUAUGUAGUCUAUAGAGAAGAAAAGAAAGGUGUGAACUUUUGGCAGGUGAAAACUGUGCUUUGAGACUUUGUAAGCUGUAAAACCGAAGUUUUAGAGGCCUUGUCUUGAAGAAAUGGACACCAAUGUCUUCAAGGGUGGUUGUUACAAUAAAUUGUGUUUACAUUCUCUGCUUUA